AUUUAUUCUAUGGCUGGUUUAUGAUAAACGUCAAUGACAGAUUACAUUUCCGUUUUUUAGAGGUUAUGAGCAUAUAAAUACACUUGAAAUACACAUAGAGCUAAAAGUUUAAACACAUAAAUAAUCUUCCAUCUUUCUAAAACAAGAGUAUUAUUUAUACGGUCAUGGGAGUUACUUUAUUGAUGAUUUGUUUAUAGGAGUUGUCUUUGUUCUUCUGUGCUCUUAUUUGUUUAUUUAUGUCUUAUUUAUAGCGUGGACCUUGUGUGUAACAGUUGUGUGUAUAAAAUUUUAUGAAAUGUCUAGAUUAUCAACUGAAAGACGACUUAGAUUCUCUAUAGAGCAGGACUAUCAGCUUCUUACAGAAAUUCUUCGACAAAAUCCUUUUCAAGAUGUAAGUAGAUGGAAGGACGUUCAUGAAAAUUUUGUGAAUGAAUGUAAUGUACCUUUUUCACUUAGAACAUGCAAAGAUCACUGCAAUCAUUUGCUCAAUUUAUAUACAAAGGGAAGUCUAAAGAUAAGGCCCAAAGAGAGUCCAGAGGAAUUUUUAAAUAAAAAGUCUUUACUUCAUGAUCUUCUCAAACUAAGGAAUAAUAAUUUUAAUGUUGAUGAUUAUCCUAGCCCAUCAACAAAGUAUGAAAAUAUUACAAAUGACAAGUACUCUUUAAAAAUGGUUUUGAAGAAAGAGAUAAAGCAAGAUAUUUUAGAAAUGAGCGAUAGUGAUGAAGACGACUUUUACUGGAAAGAAACUGAAGAGAAAGAGGAAGAAAAGAAUAUGGACAUUGAAGAAGUGUUACUAAAGAAAAAACUAGAACUUGAAGAACGCAGAUUAGCACUAAAAGAACGGAGAUUACAGUUAGAAGAAGAAAGAUUUGAACUGGACAAGUUUGAAAGAACUAAAAGAAUGGAACUUGAAAGAGCAGAAAGAGAUUUGUAUAUAAAAGUGGCAAUGAAAAACCAGGAAAUCAUAACUGCCCUCACUAAUAGGCUUGUUAACAAAUGCAAUGGCGACAAUUUGUGCAUUUUGUAGCUUACUUUGUUUUCAAUUUUUACAAUUUGAAUAGAUCUCAUAUUUUUUUACAUAUCAUUAAGUUAAACAAAAAAGAAACUUAUACUUAUUAAUUUGUAUAUUAGCAAUAUAAAAUAAUUAUGUCUUAAUUACAACAUAUAUUAAUAUUAGAAGAAUUUUAUACUGAGUAAUUAACUUAUACAUAUGUAACAUAAAUAAAUAAGUAAAACAAAA